GUCUCGGUACAUGUUUGUGACGGACUUGUUUAGCGCGCGGACCCGUUCCUUGUUUUAACGGUAGCAGAAAUGUGAUUUUUAAUCAACAUCUAGCUGUUGUAAAUUGGAUGUAAACAGAUGUGCAGCUAAGCGACCGGAGCCGCUGUCAGAGCAGAUGUUGUAUUAUAUCAUGUGAGAUCUAACGUUAGUCUGCUGCCGGAGGAAGGACCGCUUAUAACGAUGCUAACGACUUUAACAGACAUAAUAACCGUCAUGUUAAUGAACAUUAGCUCCGUAACUAAGCAGCAGUGAUCCUAACCGUGUGUCUCCAUCCCAUAAUAUACCCCCGUCUGUGACCCAUAGCAACACACAGGAUGCCUAAUGCCAGUGCGAGGCCAAAGCAUGGCAGGAGGACCCGAAGGCGACGCAGAGAGGACCCGGCCCGGAACGAGCUGGUCUCCAGUUCCCUAGAAAGUGCCCAGCAGUGUUUGUUCAACCAAGAUUAUGGAACUGCGUUUGUGCACUACCUUCUGGUCCUCAACCUUGCACCUAUGUUUAAGGACUUUGCCCGGGAGUCCUUCAGGUUCACUCUGUUCAAAUGGACAGCAGAGCUGGACUCUGUGGGACGCAUUCAGGACCUCUUUGACUGUUACGAACAAGCGCUGGAACUGUUUCCUGCUGAUGAGGUCAUCCUGAACAGCAUGGGUGAACACCUGUUCAGAAUGGGCUUCAGAGACGAAGCCGCAGGUCAUUUCCAUAAAGCCUUGAAGCUGAGACCAGACUAUCCAGAAGCCAGGGAGAACUUCUACCGUGUGGCCAACUGGCUGGUGGAGCGCUGGCAUUUCUUGAUGCUCAACGACCACGGAAGGAACCGGAAGUACCAGCAAGCCAUCCAGAAGGCCGUUCAUGGCGGCUGCAACACUGUACUUGACAUAGGUACUGGCACUGGGAUCCUUGGUAUGUGUGCGAAGAAGGCGGGGGCUGCUGAGGUGUACGCCUGUGAACUGUCCAAGACGAUGUAUGAGUUGGCCUGCGAGGUGUUGGCCGCUAACGGGAUGGACAGCAGCAUCAAGAUCCUCCAUAUGAAGUCUCUGGAGAUGGAAGUGCCAAAGGACAUCCCACACAGGGUUUCCUUGGUGGUGACAGAGACGGUAGAUGCAGGAUUGUUUGGAGAAGGCAUCAUAGAGAGUCUCAUUCAUGCCUGGCACCACCUCCUGCUACCUCCACAGAGAGGUGACAAUGAACUCCAGGAACAGUCUGCGACAGGACGGGUCAUCCCCGCUGGAGCCACUGUGUUUGGUAUGGCUCUGGAGAGCCUCGAGAUCCGCAGGCAUCACAGGCUGUGUGUGUCAGAGGUGGGCAGUCUGUCCAUCGCUGCAGCCGGGGAGCUGCGUAGCCCGGUGAGCUGCAGCCCUGAGCCGGACGACUCCAUGGAGCCGUACACCACAGAGAGACUCAGCAGACUGCCGGGGGGAUAUAAACCUCUAACAGAGCCAUUCACAGCCCUCAACAUAGAUUUCAACAAUGUGCAGGAGCUGGAGGGGUUGAGCUCCAGGGAGGUCCAGCAGAUCCGCCUGCCGGUCACUCAGGAGGGGGAGCUGGACGCUCUGGCUGUGUGGUUCCAGCUCCACCUGGACGAGGAGAGCAGUCUGUCUACUGGACCCCAGGAGGAUACCUGCUGGGAGCAGGCCAUCUACCCCGUCCACACCACCACCAAGGGUUUUGUCCUGAAACCUAAAGACGAGCUGAUUGUUGAGAUCUCCUGCAGAGACGCCUUCCUGAGGCUCUGCAGCGUUGCUGUGCUGAGAGAUGGGCGUGAAAUCAAUCUGGACAAGCGUCUGGACACGCAGGACCCCGUUUUAAAUCAGAACCCGGAGGCAGAGCUGUGCAGUGCACUAGCAUGUCUUCAGACUGACCAGAGUCAAACUAAAGACUUCUGCAUGCUGGAGUGUGCAGAGAUGGCGCUCCUGAACAACAAGGAUUACCAUCAGAGUUUUUCCAGCGCGCUGGCCAAACUCAUCUCCCAGCUGAAGGUGAAAUGCCAAAACAAAGAGCGAGGAUCAGCUGUUCAGUCGGACCUCGCUGACUCAGCAGACGGUAGCGACCUGCUCUAUGUCCUCGACGUGUCAGAGGGCUUCUCUCUGCUCUCCCUCAUCGCUGCCAGUCACGGUCAUGUCAAAGCGUACAGCUCUGUGGAAAAGAACAAGCAACAGGAAGUCCUGAAGAGACUGUGCCGCUCCAAUAACGUCCCAGAGAAGCACCUGGAGUUCUGGCUGAACCACAUGGAGGAUGAGCAGGGGAUGCUGAAGAGGCCGUCCAGAGAGAAGCUGUGGACGGCCAUCAUGCUGGACUGUGUGGAGACGUGUGGUCUCAUCAGACAGAAGCUGAUGGAGAAAGCUUCCCUGGCCAGGUGUUUGCUGGAAGAUGGAGGACAAAUUUUCCCAGCAAAGAUCGUGGUGCACGGCAAACUGGUGGAGUCGGACACGUUGCUGCUAGAAAGUGCUGUCCAGGGUCAGGAGCCCACACUGGGAUUCAACAUCGCUCCCUUCAUCAACCAGUUCACUGUGCCAGUCCAUGUGUUUCUGGACUUUUCCACGCUGGAGUGCAGGCAUCUCAGUGAGUCUGUGGAGCUUUUUGUUCUCGACCUCAUGGAUUCCACCGCAAACUACACCAACAGAGAAGUAAAGGUCCAGGCUACGUCUGCAGGCAGAAUAACUGCAGUUCCCUUCUGGUACCACAUCUACCUGGACCAGGAGAUCAGCGUCAGCACCCUCAGCCACAACUCUCACUGGAAGCAGGCGGCCGUUGUGCUGCAGCAGCCCGUGGAGGUGAAAGCCGGAGACUGGGUCCGCCUCGCUGUGAAGCUUCACAAGAGCGCCAUCUCCAUAUCAGCCCAUAUAGAGAAUACCCCGGGGUCAAUGGAACAAUAAUCUACUAGUUACAUUUCUAUAGAUUUAAUGCCUCAUUGACACAUAGGAAAUGCAUUAAAUAUGAUGCAUUCCUUUUUCUGGUAGCAUUUUCAAAAAAUUACUUUCUCCAGUGUAAUUUUUCAUAAAUGUAAUAACAGUUUUCAAAGUUUACCUAGACACACAUGGGAUCUCUGUUUUGAGAUUAAGUAGAAGCCUGCAUGAAACCACACCUUUAUAAGCAUCAGUGGGAAGCUGCUGAGGCAUCGCGAUCAUGAAGAGUUUGUAACAAUGAACCUUCGAGUCAUGUUUUUAUUUGUAAAUUGUGCUAUAAGAUCAUAGGACAUUUAUAAUUUGUACCCUUGAUUAUGGGCGCAGUUGUUUUUGUAAAGAUGUUUGUUGGUAUCAAUUAAAAAUAACUUCAACAAUAAAUGUGACAUUUUUCUCAAUAAAUGCAAGAAAAUAAUAUUCAGAAAAUGUAGUUAAUCUGAUUUAUUGAGAUCGAAAGUGAUGGAAUAAAAUUAAAAUGUGAAACCCUUUACAUCAGAUCUGAUGUAAUACUGUCAGUUUUAUUAAAAAAAAAAAAAAAAAAAUCAUGUAAGGCAAUGCAACAUAUGAUGCAGAUUAUACUGUUGAUUUGAUACAUUUAUGAUUUUUUUUCUGACA